AGCAUAGUUUGCAGACAAAAUGACCACCCAAAUUGAACAAAUAGCCAAGAAGCAAAAGAUCGUCACUGACACCUUGCGUGUUUUCUUACGUUCUCCAAAAGCCAAAUUGCCAACUAAAGGUUCCGCUUUGGCUGCUGGUUAUGACAUCUAUUCUUCUGAAUCAGCCGUCAUCCCUGCACAUGGUCAAGGUUUAGUAAGCACUGACAUUUCCGUGGUUGUCCCUAUUGGAACCUACGGUAGAGUCGCUCCAAGAUCAGGUUUAGCCGUCAAGCACGGUAUUUCAACUGGUGCUGGUGUCAUUGACGCUGACUACAGAGGUGAAGUCAAGGUUGUCUUGUUUAACCAUUCCGAUAAGGAUUUCCCAAUUAAUGCUGGUGAUAGAAUUGCUCAAUUAGUAUUGGAAAAAAUCAUCAAUGCUGACAUUGAAGAAAUUACUGCCGAACAAUUGGACAGUACUGAAAGAGGUGAAGGUGGGUUUGGAUCUACUGGUAAGAACUAGACAAAAGGGUUGUAUAUUUAAUAUAGUUACUUACAUGGAAUUGAAAUAAAUAAAAAAUGCUUUAAUAUAAAACUAUUGCUGCUUU